CCUGCCGGGAGAUGCUGAGACUGAAUUCCUAGAGCAAGGUCACUUUCCUCGCUUUUAUCCCUUUUUAAUUCAUUGAGGAGAGGGCACUCCCUAGAAUUUCUGAUCCCUCCCUCUCUCUCUUCUUUCAGUCCCCGAAGAAUUCCCUCCCCCUGCCCUUCAGAUUCCUUCCCCUCUCUCCUUCCCCACCCUCUUCUCAUUUUCCUCUCCUUCCUUUCCAGAGAAAGACCCCUCCCAAGUCUCUUCACCCUGAGUUCGCUCCGAAGUCUGGGAGUCAUUCACUUUCCCCUUCUAUUUCUCUCCUCCCCUUUUUCUCCCCCUCUCUCUUUCCUCCUCCCCACACCCCCCUUCUUUGGAAAGAACCACCCGGCUUCCACUUCGCCUCCUCAGUCUCCUCCAGUGCUCCUUGGGGGUGACUCCAGCCCUGGUAGCCCAUGGUACUGGAGCUCUCCUUUAUCCUACCCACGAGGCUCCAUGUCCGAAAUAGGAAUCUCCUAAGCCAAGCUGGGUAACUUCUCUGCGACUGUCAUUCCACUCACUUUUCUGGAGCCAACAGGACAAGCUUGAAUUGUACUAUCAAAAUGGAAAAUAUACUAUUCUGGUUGAUCUUUUCUAUCCCUGCAUGGACUGUCAUUGGUGGCUCUGAAAUGGAACAGGAUUUUACCUGGCACUUACGAAAAAUACCUCGGGUGGUCAGUGAAAGAACUUUGCAUCUUUCCAGCCCCAAAUUUGAAGCAGAUGCCAAGUUGGUGCUAAACAGAGUAUGUGGUAUUGAAUGCCAAAAGGAACUACCAGUGCCAAGUGUUUCUGAGCUGGAGGAGUCUCUCUCUUAUGAGACUGUCUUUGAAAAUGGUACUCGAACCUUGACUCAAGUGAAUGUCCAGGGAUUGAUGCUUGAGCCUACUCAGAACACCACAAGAAAAAUUAUAUCCAGGAGAAAGCGACAAGUAUAUGGCAUUGAUAGUCGCUUCAGUAUCUUGGACAAGCGAUUUGUAACCAAUUUCCCUUUCAGCACAGCAGUAAAGCUCUCCACGGGCUGUAGUGGUAUUCUCAUCUCCCCUAACCAUGUCUUAACGGCAGCUCACUGUAUUCAUGAUGGACAGGACUACGUUAAAGGGGGCAAAAAACUAAGGGUAGGAUUGCUCAAGAUGAGGUCCAAGAGGAAUGGCAAGAAACCCAGAGGUUCUAAGAGGAUUCGACGAGAAGCUGAAUAUGGAGAUCCACUACAUGAUACCCAAGAGGAGCUAGGUAUAAGAUCCAAAGGAAGGAGAAGAAAGAAAGAAUCAGGAAGGGGUCAGAAAGGCUCUGAAGGUAAGCCCUCUUUCCAGUGGACCAGGGUCAAGACAACCUACAUUCCCAAAGGCUGGGUUAGAGGAGUAAGAGAAAAUGUGGCUCUGGAUUAUGAUUAUGCUCUUCGAUUGAAACGUCCCCAUAAAAAGAAGUAUAUGGAGCUGGGUGUCAGUCCAACCAUCAAGAAGAUGCCUGGGAGCAUGAUUCAUUUCUCAGGUUUUGACAAUGAUAGAUCUGGGCAGUUGGUCUACCGAUUUUGCAGCGUGUCGGAUGAAUCUAAUGACCUCUUCUACCAGUACUGUGAUGCAGAGCCUGGCUCUACAGGCUCUGGGGUCUAUCUCCGCCUUAAGGACCCAGACAAGAAGUGGAAGCGCAAGAUCAUUGCUGUCUAUUCGGGCCACCAGCAGAUGGACAUCAACGGAGUCCAGAAGGAUUAUAAUGUUGCUGUACGCAUUACUCCUCUCAAAUAUGCACAGAUUUGCCUAUGGAUCCAUGGAAAUGAUGCUGAUUGUACUUAUGGCUAACUGUAAAAAGUCACAUCCUCAAAACAUACCAAAAACCAGUCUCAAGUUACUACAACAGCUCCUCAUCUCAGGUUAUGAUUGAUUUUUACAUCUAUCAUCAGCAUUUCAGCAUUUCAAAAAGUAUUCCUAAAAGACAUAUGAGAAUAUUUUCAUAAUUUUUUUCAAAGAGAAUUUUAAGUCUGUAUAGCUACUAAAAUGGAACAGGCACUCUAGUGCCAAAGUUUAUACUUUUCUUUAAAUUGUGCUCAUUUUAAGUUGUUUGUGAACAAAAUGUGUUUCCUUCUGCCUUAAAAAAACAAUCAGGCAAAUUUUGAAGCCUCAAACUAGUACUAUUAAAUAAUAGGUAAUUUCUCAAUAGACUUGUUCUCAGGGUUCUGCUCUAAUUAGUAUCUAAGAUAACUGAUACUCCAUAGGACUUGUAGAACUGUAUCUGCAGAAGCAGAUAAACCACGAUAGACAAUAUUUAAAAUAGGUCAACUGAGAGAUACUGAGAACCCAGUGAGUAUAAACACUGUAUUACUCUGUAUUACUAGGUGCUAAUUUUUUUCAAAGUAGGAAUUCCGUUAUUCCCCACUCCUCAAGAAAGUUAUUUUUUCUGACAAAUAUUAUUAGCUUUUUGCCACAUAUGCCAGUUCUUUAGUGUCUAUCCUAUUUUUAAUAUUCUAUGUUUCUAUGUCAAAAACUUUCAUGUGUUUGGAUGAUCUGUCAUUCUAAUCAGAUCAUCUCAUCACUGGGAGCAAUCACAUCAAUUCACCUAAGUUCAAUAUUAGUCAAAACAGAGCCUUGGGACACAAUCCAGAGUAGACAUGGUUUGGGGAUCCAUUAGUUCAGAAAGAUGCCCCAAGUUAAGGAUCUCCUAAUUUAAAAAAAUUUAAUUCUUGGGAUAAGCCCAGGUGAGACUUGUGGAUUUUUGAUCCUUAUUCAGUAUCUGGAAUAUUACUGUCUUUCCUUUACUCCCCUAACUUUCACCUAAUUAAUACACUGCUUUAGCAUUAAAAUGUUUUUUUUAAAUCUUUUCUUCUAAGGAGACCAAGUAUAUCUUUUUAUACCUUUGUACAAGCUAUAUUUCUCAUUGGUAAUAACAACUUCCUGAAAUGGAGGAUUCAGAGGAAUCAACUUAAAUAUAGUUUCAGCUCACAUUA